CAUAGAUGCAACAAAUAGGGAUCGAAUAUAUUUUAGCACGUGCUUCACUAUGGCAAUCAUAAAUGGAUGUUGUUGUUGGAGAAAUGUACGAAGCGGAAGUUUUGCAGCCGGAUUUUAUGUUCUGAUACUUUAUACAAUAAUAUUGACUGCAGGCGUCUUUCAACAUUUUUUCCAUCAUAAUGCUGAGUCUCUCACCAAAAGUACUCUCAUAUUUACUAUAGUGUUAAUUGUUUUCUCCAUUUGCUGUGUGAUUACAUCUGUUCUGCUAUUAGUUGGUCUUUGUGUGGACAGUCGUAUGCUUCUCAUUCCGUGGCUGGUUUCAGUACUUUUAGCUACUGUAUUAGAUGCAUUAAUGGCAAUUUAUCUAAUAGUAGAAGCGAGCUAUGAAGAACAUCUGAUUGUGUUGUUCCUAUCCGACGUUAUUAUUCUUGGAUUAAAUGUUUACAGCUUGCUGUGCGUUUAUGCCCAGUAUCAAGAAUAUUGCGCAGGAAGAGGUCAUCCACAGUUUGGCGGAAACAGACCACUUCCACCAGUGGAAUACCACGGGAAUAAAUAUGGAUUAUCAAAACAUUCGAAACUUAUAAACGAAUCCAGAGUUACAAACAGUAGCACCAUCUCUGCAAUGCAUUCGUCUGGAUUUGCUAUUCAAAGUGAUAUUGCAUCGGAUUCGUCAACUGUUCAGAAAAUCAUAGAAGAUAGUUUUAGUGCUGAAAGGGAAAGUGAAGAACAAGGUAUACCGAACUCGGAGAGCGUGUGUUUAACAAGUGCUGUGGGUGUAACAAAUAGUGCUUAUUCGAGAAUUUAGUCCAUCAGCACUAAAAAGAGCUUUGAAGGUUUAAUUGCGUUAGGUUUCUUCAAAAAAGUGUAUCUAGUCAACCAGUGAGGGAAGAAAAGUUUAUUGUGUAUGUGAUGAAAUCAUAGGAUAUAAAUGAUAUUGAUGAGCUUAUAUUAAAAGUGUGAAUUGAACAGAUCUUGACACUUUUAAGUUUCAUUUUUUUUCUGUAAAUUUUUAAAAAGAUUCCUUAAUUAUUUUUUUUUAAAAUCGAGGGAAUCAGCUCUUUGAGUACAUAAAAUUCUUGGAUUAAUUAUAUUUUGUCUUGAAACUUAUUUCCCUAUUUUCAUCGCAUUAUUUCAAUAGCAAAAUAUUUAUGCAGUAAUAUGUC